UCUUUGAGUAGCUAAUCCUGUUUUCAUGGUUCCUUUUCUUUUGAAACUAACUUUAAAAUGGCCGUUUGUGGAAAUGUAACUCCGGUUGAGUGAAUUAAGCGAACAACGAGAGGACGCAGGUGUAACGAGCUGAGGUUUAUUUGGAGGAGCGUGCGUUUCACACUCCUCCCGGUCAGCAGUGCGCGCGGCCGCGACAGAGGGCUCCGCCGCUGUACACCGUGAACGCGCCUCUCCAUGCGGUUUAAAUAAAGGAGCAAAAGCAGGAAAAGAAAUAUCUGUGACGAGAAGACAUGAAGCUGCGGCUGAAGCCGACAGCAGAAGCCGCUUUUAUUGUCUCAUCUGAGCCCGGAACCGGUGCCCGGCGGGUCCGGUUCUCCUCUCCUCUCCUCCGCUCUUUGUCAGCGGGUUCACACACUGACCACACACGGGCGGGUUUGCUGGUUUUCUCUCAAUGAAGACGCUCUAUCGGAGACCGACUCGAUCUUAGGACGUCAGUGAACCGGCGGCGUUUUAAUCUUUUGGUUGUUUCGUGCAGAGAGGCUGGUGGGCUUUCAUCUGCUGCUGGGUUUAACCACCUUUGUUUGGAGAAAAGAAGCUGAUGCUGCGGUUCACUCACACUGACGGAGGAGGAAUCACCCAGCAGGUCUUUAAUUACCCAUUUCUUUUUUUUAAUCAGCCAGUUGAUGCUAGUUUCUCUUACCGGGACUGUGGGAGUCUGGACGUACCACUGAUGGGCUCGUUUCAGCUGUAUUUUUAAUUUUUGUGUGUUGUUGGUGACUCUACGUUGCGCUUGGUGUCCUCGGUCUUUUGUGUGGAACUGGUCUUUCAGUUCCGGACUGUCCUGGUUCUCUCCCGGUCCUUACCGGCCUCAGGAGCACAAUGCCGGAGUGUGUGUCGGUAUCAGAGUUCGUCCAGGAGGUUCAGGAGGACUGGAACUCUCCCACUACCUCCUCUUUCACCUCCAAGAUGAUCAGCUGCAGGAACACAGUCUACCUGCUGGAGGAGGUUCUGGACAGCGACAGGUUGGUGCUACAGAAGAUGAAGAAAGCUGCAAAAGCCAAAUACACAUCAGGUCAAGAACACGUGUCUCAUUUGGAGCAGUACAUUAACGCGAUGGAGAAGCUGUCGGUCAACUGUCACUCAAACGGAGAGACGGAGGUUGGCUCCGCCUUCUGCCGCCUGGCGGACUUUUCCAAAGAGCUCCUCUCUCCCAUGAAAAACCUGCUAAAGAGCAUGCUCCACAACAUCAACUUCUUCUUGGACUCUCUGGUUAAAGGAGACCUGAGGGAGGUGAAGGGGGAUCUGAAAAAGCCUUUUGAAAGAGCGUGGAGGGAUUAUGAGAGCAGAUUUAAACAGGUGGAGAAGGAGAAGAGGGAGUUAGCUCGGCAGUAUGGGAUGGUGAGGAGUGAGGUGAGCGGAGGAGAGAUCGCGGAGGAGCUGGAGAAGGAGAGACGCUCCUUCCAACUGAGCAUGUGUGAGUAUCUAAUUAGGGUCAAUGAGAUAAAGACGAAGCGAGGAGUCGACCUUCUGCAGAACCUCAUCAAACACUACCACAGCCACAACAAUUUCCUGCAGGAGUGUGUUUCCACCACUCAGAGGCUGAAGCAGUACAUGGAUGAGCUCAACGGAGUCCUGACCACGGUGAAGCAACGUCAGGAUGAGGAGAAGAGACAGCUGUGCACACUCAGAGAUCAGCUGAGGCCGGUCGUCCACACGGAGCAGGACUCUUUGCCUAAGCAGGUGUACAAUAUGCAUCAGCUGCUGGGAGACAAACAGUACGGGACGGAGAGAACAGGAUUCCUCUACAAGAAGAGUGACGGGUUGAGGAAAAUGUGGCAGAAGAGGAAAUGUUCAGUUCACAACUGUUACCUGACCAUCGCGCAUGCUACUCCGAACAAACCUCCCACCAGACUCAACCUGCUCACCUGUCAGGUUAAACCCAGCGUGGAGGAUAAGAAAUGCUUUGACCUUAUCUCUCAUAAUCGGACCUACCACUUCCUGGCUGAAGAUGAAGCUGAGUGUGUGGCCUGGAUGUCAGUGCUCACUAACAGCAAGCAGGAGGCUCUGAGUAUGGCUCUGGACGGGGGGAGAAAAGGAGGAGGAGGGAGUGAGAGCAGCGUGGAGGAUCUGACCCGAGCCAUCACCGAUGACAUCAAACGGAUGCCGGGAAACAACAGCUGCUGUGACUGUGGCGCACCAGAUCCUGGGUGGCUGUCUACAAACCUGGGUAUCCUGACCUGUAUUGAGUGUUCAGGCAUCCACAGGGAAAUGGGGGUCCACGUCUCCAGGAUCCAGUCUCUGAGCCUGGACAGUCUGGGAACCUCAGACCUGCUGUUGGCCAGGAAUGUCGGUAAUUCUGGUUUUAACGAAAUACUGGAAGCCAACCUGCUGAGUCCGUCACUGAAGCCCUCUCAACACAGCCACAUGCCGGAGCGUAAAGACUUCAUCCUGUCAAAGUAUCAAGAUGUUAACUUUGUGAGGCGGAGUCAUAGCUCUACUUCGGCGCUGCGACUUCGUCUGCAGGAGGCGACCAAGAGCUGCGAUAUCUACACUCUGAUCCAGCUGUACGCUCAGAGGGCAGAGCUGAGCCAGCCACUGCACGCACACAUACAGGAGAAAGGGGAGACAGCGCUCCAUUUAGCUGUCCUACUGGCUGACAGGACAUCACUGCACAUCCUGGACUUCCUGGCUCAGAACUGCUCUAAUGUUGAUACACAGACAUCAGCGGGAAACACGGCGUUGCACUACAGCUGUCUACACAACAAGACCGACUGUGUGAAGCUGUUGCUGAGAGCCAGAGCCAACACACACAUCAAGAACGAGUUAGGAGAAACCGCUCUGGAUGUGAGCCGCAGGUUGAAGCACACCCAUUGUGAGGCACUGUUGCAGAAAGCCCAGUCCAACCAGUUUGACCAUCACGUCCAUGUGGAGUACGAGUGGAGGAUUCGUCAUGACGACCUGUACGACAGUGAUGAUGACUUUGAUGACAAGAAUGGUCCGUUUAAAAAGGAGCGCUCCACUUCCUCCUCAUCCUCUUCUUUCACCCCCUCCUUCUCCUUCUCCUCCCGUCCCUUCAGCUUCAGUCAGUCCAACUCCUCCUGUGUCAUGUUGUCCUCCUCUGGAACACCCGGAGGACCAGCUGGAGGCCUUCUCAGUGUGGGGAGGAGACUCGCCAUGGCUAUGGAGCUUCACAGCCAUCCCGCUGGCUCCGUCCCCAGCCCACCACCUCCUCCUCCAUCCUCUCCUGCGCCCCCGCUGCCUCCCAGGGUCAAAGCUCCCAAUGUUCCUCCUCCUCCACCUCCGUCUGGAGGAGAUGGUAUGGGGGAGGAAGAAGAGGGAGAGGGUGAGGUAUUCUUUCCCCUGACAGGAAAUAGAAGGAUUACCCCUCCCUCUCCCAUCGCCGUCCGACACAAGCGGAGCUGCUCUGAGUCCAAUUAUGGGUUGCCAGCCAGUCCCAGGAUAUACAGUGGUCCAGACUCCUCCUUCAGGAAGUGUGUUCCAGCUUCUCCUCUCAGCUCACUGACUGAACGAUCUGACAGAGGUUUUCGGAGGGCGGACAGUGAAAGUGGCUCCUCCCAUUUCCAGAUCCUCAACAGUAAGGCACCAAUAAAUGGCUCUCCAUCCAAUCAGCGCUCUCAGAGCUUUGAAAGUGAAAGCAGAGGCUCCGCCCCUCAACCACUUCCUCGUAGAUCACUGCCUCGAGGAGCAUCCAGUCGUCGGGUUCAGGCGCUGUAUGACUGCCAGGCCGACCACCAUGACGAGCUGAGCUUUUCUGAGGGCCAGGUGCUGGUGGUCCUGGGACAGGAGGACAAUGAUUGGUGGCAUGGUUACAUAGAGGAAGAACCAGACCAGAGAGGGUUGUUUCCGUCCUCAUUCGUCCAGCCGCUGUCUGACUGAUGUGAAACCAGAACUGGGCUGACCUCAGACCAGCACAAAUCCAUAUCACCGCAGAGCUCUGGAGAACUAAACCACAUCAGAACACCUGAUCUGCAGAUGGACCAGGUCAGAUGUUCAGAGGCUUCAAAUGUUCAUGGUCCUGACACGGUUGUCACAGCAACCGGUGUUCCUCAUGCCUUCAGUUACCAUGGAAACAUUAUGGAUGACCUUCAGUAAAGACAACACAUUAUUUUUAUGUGGCUCCAGUUAGGUCAGGAAAAAAAACAAUGAGACAGCCUCGGACAGACCAAACAGCCAGCACUCGAGGCUGCUGUAGCCCGGACUUUAUUUAUUUACUCAAAAAGCAAAAAAAUAUUUAAGCACAAAGGGCAAAUCACAAGAAACAGCAAUCCCCUGGAUUUUUAUUCUGAAGGUAAUCUGGGCCUCAUUUUCUUUUGAUUUUAUUAUAAUUUAUUUAUGUUUUCUGAAUUUGUGGCUAGCCAAAACACACAAGCUACUGCUGCCACAUUUUAGGUUUCGAUAGACCCGGACUCAGGCCAUAUUAUUGAUCAGAUCUGUUGGUUACAGCUGCUUACCCAGAUAGCACAAAACACUCUGAGAUGCCAAGGACCAAAGCUCUAAAGUGAGAUAUGAAAGGUGGACUUCAUGGGAGACUCACAUUUCCUUCCAGUUGCCUUCGAUGUCCCAAGAUAUCACAUCGCCUCAGUGAACACAGCAGUGUGUUGCUGCCACGUUUGCAAAAUGAAUUUACUCAGUGCUCAAGUCUCAAAACUUCUCAUUAUAAUGAGUUACUUCUGUCGUGAUUAAAUAAUUCUGUUUUAAGAAGAACCGUUGUAUUAACAUUAUAACCAGGGAUGGAAAGUUUUAUAAUUAUUAAUUUAUUUGGCUAUUCGAGAAAAAUAAGACCUAAAAUUCAAUCUCAGUAAAAGUACUGAGUUAUUUUAGACAUAGUUAAACUUAAGCAACAAUUUAAAAAAAAAAAAAAAAAAAAAGCUUAUGUAAUAUACAUAUAUACUCAAGUAAUGGCAUCAAGCACAAAAGUAAAGCACAAAAAUAGACAAACUUGGUACUUUAAGACAGUAGAAUUUAAUCAUUGUGCAUAACCUGCAUGUGUUGGAUAUGACUUUAAGAGAAAACACAAAUCUUCUUAAUGUAUGUUCAAUAAUA